AAAGUGGAGCACCGUGAAAACCGCAACACUAUUUUGAGCUGUGAACCAGAUAUCUGUCUCUCUCUCUCUUUUAGUCCUCUGUUUCUUCAUUUCCAUCCAUCUAUUCUACGCUAACCCUGACUUUGAUUUUCUCCAAGUUAGGGUUCCCCUUUGUGGUCAAUUUGAACGCUUUCGUUCAAACCAAAAUUUAACAAAUGGGUCGAAUGCCGCGCAGCUGCGUUCAAUCUCUUCUGAAGCUGGUCAAUUCGCUCCUCGGAAUGGCCGGAAUCGCCAUGACCAUCUACUCGCUCUGGAUGUUUAGAGUCUGGCUCCACACCGACGAAUCUAUGAACUUCCCAGUCCCAUGGUUUAUAUACACUAUUUUGGGCCUUGGUGUUAGUUUGUGCGUCAUCACAUGCUCCGGUCACAUUGCUGCGGAAACUGCCAAUGGCUGUUGCUUGUACAUUUACAUGGCUUUUGUAUUCAUGAUUUUUCUGCUGGAAGCUGCAGUUACUACAGAUGUGUUCUUAAACCACGACUGGCAAGAGGACUUCCCAGCAGAUGCAACUGGAAAUUUCGAUAGGUUGAAGGACUUCAUCAAGGACAAUUUUGACAUUUGCAAAUGGAUUGGCUUGUCAAUGGUUGCUGUACAGGGACUAAGCAUGUUGUUGGCUAUGGUACUCAAAGCUUUAGGUCCACAUUCUGAGAAAUACUAUGAAAGUGAUGAUGAGUAUCUACCUGAUAGGGUGCCCCUGCUGAAGAAUUAUGUCCCUCCACAAUCAUAUGGUAAUGGUAGUGAACCGGCAUACGGUGUGAAAAGUGAUUCUUGGAUUGCUAGGAUCAACAGUAAGGUAAAGAAAUGAAAUGAAGUGCUUGCAGACGAACAGUGGGAGUAUGGUAUUGCGUCUCAAAUUUACUAGUUUCUGGCAGUCGAUAGUGUUUCUGAGCUUCAGUUGGUUGACGUGAUCUCCACCAAUUUGUGCAUAUACAGUAAAUUCUUCCUAUACUUUAUACACGAAUUUACUCCAACUUAUAUCAAGUGCUACUACGUCUGUAGAUAUCGUUAGACAUAUAUCGACCGCAUCAUGAGCAGAACCCUAGUAUUGUUGAUUACCAUUCUCCUGUUGUUUAGGUGUAGCCCUGUUUAAGCAGUCUAAUGCGUCAUUUUGAACCUAGUACCUUAUUUAUUCACAUUGUGAAUGCAUUAUAUGUAAUGCUUGUUCUUUC